GUGUUCUACUUAUUUAAUGUUUGUUUACUUACAGGUUUACCAUGUUCCUCCUAAAGUCCAAGACGAGCCUAUACUGACCUUCUUAUACAAUAAUCAAGAUGGCAGUAUACUGACACAAUUAACUUUGGAUAACAUUGGAAAGACUGACCUAACUUAUGAUGUACAUGAUGGAGAUCCUAAUUUCAAUUGGUCUGAUGAGCAGUGCGAUAAUCUGGACAAGCAGAUUAUCAAUCGACUUCAGAAGGCUGUUUUAUACCACUACAACCCAGUGACAUCUAUGUGGUAUAUCCAAGACACGAUAGUUUAUAUAAGUAAAGAGCUCUCUGUUGGCAAAAAAGGUGGCUUCCGAGAUGUUUAUGAAAUGAACUUUUUGCAUCAAGACGAACCACUUGGAAGAUAUAUUUGCAAGCGUUACCGAAAAGAGAAAGAUCCACUUGAUUAUAUUGAUGAUGUUAAAUGCCAGAUGGAAGCAGGCCUUUAUGUGACAUAUUUCAAUCAAGCUCUCAAAUCUUACCAAUCAGAUAUUCGCAUUCAUUACCUCCCUGCUGCUUACAUGCAUCUGUUAGAUGCCAACGGAGAUGUAGAGUUCUGGGUAAACAUUGAACCAUUUGUAAAGGGCGAAUUUCUGAAACUGACCAAUAACUAUGAUUACUGUAACCCUAGAGGAUGUGACAUGUCGACAGCUUUUACUCACUUCACAUAUUUUAAGUCUGCUGGCAAAUUAAUGGUUGUUGAUCUACAAGGCUGGUUACCAAGUGGUGUACAGAAUAUAAUUUAUCUCACAGAUCCCCAGUUUCAUACCGUUACAGGGGAUAGCAGUACAUUUGAUUUUGGAAUUGAUGGUUUCAAAGUUUUCUUUAAUAAGGUUCACCCAAAAUGCAAUCAUAUUUGUGAAACACUUAAAUUGGAGAGACCAGACUUUUGAUUUUUUUUUUUCUCUCUACAUGACUUGUAUAUUUAAAGACUCAUAUUUCUAAUCAAAUCAUCGUUUUCAACAAUGGAUUGACAGAAUUGUUAGCAUGUUGGACAAAACAGCUUACAAUAUCUAGUUAUAGUCUUUUAUGUUCUGAGUUCAUAUCUUGCCAAGGUUAACUUAGCCUUUCAUCAUUCUGGGAUGAUUAAAAUAAAGUACUAUUCUACUAUAGGGAUCAAUUGAAUUGACAGAAAUUGCUGGUGUGAUAUAAGCAAUAAUAAUUAUUAUUAUUGUUAUAUUUGGAGAUGAUCAUAUUUUUGCCAAUUAACCACACACUCUGUAUACUUGGUCUUCACUUCAGCUUUAUUAGUAUGCUUAUUUUAGUGCUUUUAUCUAAACCUUUCAUCACACAUCCUGUGACACUCCAUCCCAUGCGUCUCCUCCAGUUCUGUUUAGACUGUUCUCAGGCAAUGGGUUGGCAAAAUCAUUAGAUCAAUGGGAAACAUACCAUUCAGUAUUUUUUCUGGUGCUUUACAUCCUGAACUCAAACUUCACUGGGUUAACUUUGCCUCUCAUCCUACUGGGUCAAUAAAAUAAAAUACCAGUUAAGUACUGGAGUUUAUUUAAUUGACUAGCCUCUUUGCAAAUUUGCUGGUUUUGUGCCAGCAUUAUUAGGAAUCAUUAAUACUGGAUAAAAUGCCUUGCACUAAUUGUUCUGGUUCUUACAUUCUGAGUUGAAAUCCUACCAAGAUCAAGGUUGGCUUUCUUCGUUCAUGUUCUGGGAUGGGUGGUCACUGGUAUCAUUUUAGUCUUCAAAUGUCUUGGCCUUGUACCUAGAUCAGAAUAAGAUGUUUUUGUUGUUAUUAUCAUCAUCAUGUCAGAAUAAUUAGUAUGUUGGAAAAACAGCUUAGUGGCAUUUCAUCUAUCUUUACAUUCUGAAUUCAAAUUCCUCUGAGGCUGACUUUACUUUUCACCCUUUUGUGCUUGAUAAAAUAAACACUGGUUGAGCACUGGGGUGGGGUGGUGGUGAAUGUAAUCAACUAGCCCCCUCACCACAAAUUUCAGGCCUCAUGCAUUUAGUAGAAAGGAUUAUUAUUACUAAUAUUGUUAUUUUAAGGCAAUGGUUAGCAGAAUCUAUAGAGUACCAAAAAAAUGUCCUGCAUGUAUCUAAUUAUGUCUCUUUAUGUUCUGAGUUUGAAAUUCUACUGUAGUUGGCCUAAACCAAAGGUUCUCAAUCAUUUUUUACUAAUGGACACCUUUCAAUUCUAUUUUAUUCUGGUGGACCCCCAUAGCCUUUCGAUGUUUUAAAUCUCGUUUUAUAGAAACCGCUUUCAAAAUUCCUAUUUUGUUUUUCACACAUUCCCUUGUGUAAGUUGAACAAUGUAAAUUGUGAGAGAAAAAAAAUUUGUUUCCUGCAAUACAUAUUAAUACAUACAUCUAAAGCAAAUUUUUUUCAGGGUCCUAUAAUAUAAGUGGCUUCCUAAUUUACUAUUUAGUUUUGUGAACCUCCAAAAAUCUUAUAUGGACUCUCAGAGGCCACAUGGACCUUGGUUGAGAACCAUUGGCCUAAACUUUAAUCCGUCAUAAAUCAUUAAAAUCUCACAAAAGAUACCAUGAAUACUACCAAAAUUUUAUCAAAGUAAAACAAAAGAGUAUAUUGGCCUUGUUGGCACCUUAUAAAUCUGCCACCCUCACAAUUUCUCCAUCACUACUGCCACUGCUAUGAGCAAAAUGCUUAGCUGUAUUUUGUCCAUCUUUACAUUCCGAGUUCAAAUUCUGCUGAGGUCAACUUAACCUUUCAUCCUUUUGGGGUUGAUAAAUCACAAAAGUUUUAUGUAAAAUGAGUGCUUUUUCACUAAGAUUAAAAGUACAUAUAGUUCAUGGUAUUAUACCUCAAAGUUAUGAGCAAAUGUACAUUUUUUUAUAUGCUUGUAUGUAUUUGUCUAUGCAUUCUUAUAUGUGUGUGCAUGUUUAUAUAUAUGUAUACAUGGGUGCAUGUGUUUUUCACAAAUCUCAAACUGCCAACUGCUCAAAUUUGACAUUACUUUUGUCAAUACCAAACAUGUCUUCUUCUUUCCAUGUAGGCUGUGUCAUGAUCUUCUUAAAUGUGAAAAAUUAGUUCAUGAUUCACUGAAGAAUCAUUAUCAUUUUACAUUUGUUUUUCCAUGUUGGAAUGAGUCAGCUAGGGUUCACAGCAUCUACACCCUUCAUUAUUUCUCACACACAGCAACUGACAAAAUUGGCCAUUUUGUUGUUGUGUUUGUCUUGUUUUUGAUAUAGUAUUUCGUGCUUGAUUACUCUGCCUAUCAUCAAUUCUUUUUACUCUAUACUGUGGGUGUAUCUUAGCAUACCACUGGCACUAGAAAUAUUGGUUGUUUGCAGCAGAACAAAAGACUCUUCUCUACCUUCUAGCAAUGCUUGUUAUUCAGAGUUACCAAUCUCUUAGAUGGGUUGCCUGCACUUAGGCUUGAGGCUUGCAGAGUGUAUAUAUAUAUAUAUAUAUAUACACACACACAUACACAUUCAUACAUAUAUAUUUACUCAUGCAUGCAUGUAUCUGUGUGUGUGUGUGUGCGUGCGUGCAUGUGUGUUUGUGUGUGUGUGUGUGUGUGUGUAUGCAUGUUUGUGGUGGGAAGUACCUUUGUGUUUGUGUUUGCUAUUAAAUAUUUAUAUUUUGUAUUUUUAUAUUUUUGACUCAAUAUAUACAAAGUGGCCCAAAAGUAGGUUUACAGUUAUUCAACUAUAUCUUUCGCAUUCAUAUAUUAACAGUUUAGAUCUUAAUUGUAAAUAAAUAUGAAACCAUUAUUUUAUGCUAAUUUAGUUAAUUGUAAGAUAGAAAUUUAAAUGUAAUAAAAUGUUUUAAAAGAAAUUUAAAGUGCCUACAUGAUAACUGUAAACCUACUUUUAGGACACUCUAUACAUAUUAAACUCUCAUUCAUGAAAUUACAAUUUUUCAAACUAUUAACAUGACGCCAGAUUAGUUACUAUACUACAUAGAUAUCUAGAAAUAAGACACCUGAUGGUUAUUCAAGAUCAAACUCGUUGUAAUGAAGUGUAGAUUUAAAUAUUGAAAUAUUUUUUCAUCUUUAAAGACUAGUUGAAAAGUUUGAAAAAUUAUAUAAUUUCAUUGAUAAUGACUCAUCUUAGACAGUUAAUAUUGAUAACAUUUUACGUUGUAUAAAGCAGUAUUUAACACUUUAAUAUUCAAAUUGGUCAUAUCUUGCCAAAAUAUUUAACCAGUUCUAUGUUGAAAUUGACCAGAUCUAGCCUUUCACACCAACAUUACAAUGUCAUUCUAUAACUAAAGAAUCACUUCAUUGAAAUCUCUAAACUACAAGAUAAUGCAUUAUUAAUUGCAUUAUUAAUUCAAAACAAUGUGAAUAAACAAGUAUCACGUUUGACAGAGUAAUCUGAAUGUGAAAGGGUUAAGUUGAUUAUAUAUUUAUCAUGUUAAGCUUAUCUUGUUUUGGUAGUCAUUCCCAUGUAACAGCUAACCUUCAGGUUAUUUACCUUCAAAUUUACUUGCUAUUUUAUGUUGUUUUAAUUGUUGAUCUUGUAUUUUAUUUGCUUGAUAUUUUAUUUGUUGAUUAUGUAUUGAAUAAAAGAAAAAAGAAAAGCUGUUUGAAAUAUAGAAUGAAAUAAAAUAUUCUAUGAACAAAA